AUGGGUCACGAAGAUGCUGUUUAUCUGGCCAAGCUCGCCGAGCAGGCUGAGCGCUACGAAGAGAUGGUCGAGAACAUGAAGGUUGUCGCCUCCGCCGAUGUAGAGCUCACCGUUGAGGAGCGCAAUCUCCUAUCCGUCGCCUACAAGAACGUCAUCGGUGCCCGCCGUGCGUCCUGGAGAAUCGUCACUUCCAUUGAGCAAAAAGAAGAGUCCAAGGGCAACGAGUCCCAGGUUACCCUCAUCAAAGAGUAUCGUCAGAAGAUCGAGUCUGAGCUCGCCAAGAUCUGCGAUGAUAUCCUCGACGUUCUCGACAAGCACCUGAUCCCCUCUGCCCAGAGCGGCGAGUCUAAGGUCUUCUACCACAAGAUGAAGGGUGACUACCACCGUUACCUUGCCGAGUUCGCCAUCGGUGACCGCCGCAAGGGCGCUGCCGACGCCUCUCUCGAGGCCUACAAGGCCGCUACUGAAGUCGCCCAGACCGACCUUGCUCCUACCCACCCCAUCCGUCUGGGUCUGGCCCUGAACUUCUCCGUCUUCUACUACGAGAUUUUGAACUCCCCCGACCAGGCCUGCCAUCUGGCCAAGCUUGCUUUCGAUGAUGCCAUCGCUGAGCUCGACACCCUGAGCGAGGAGAGCUACAAGGACUCCACCCUGAUCAUGCAGCUUCUUAGAGACAACCUGACACUCUGGACCUCGUCUGAGGCCGAGCCGGCUACUGAGAACGCUGCCGAGAAGAAGGAAGAGGCCCCCGCUGCUGAGGGCGAGAAGCCCGCCGCCGAGUAA